UCAGCAACUUGGCCAAGACAUCUUGAAUACUUUUUAUCAAGUGUUUUAACCAGAAUUGGAGAACAAUGUCACUUUCAUGCAGUUUUCUCCCUCACCGUUGAUGUAAACACACACCAGACUUGCAACUCCAAGUAUGAGGCGGAGCAGCUGGUGUGGCAGACGGUGGCGAGGUGGUGUGUGGUGUAUCCUGUGUGUGUUGUGUCUUACUUGCCUGAUCCUCAAAGACACGCUCUACUACUUUCUCUCCGACCAACACGCCGUCAGGCGUAGGCGGUGUCCCCCUGAUGUCUUGGACGUGGACGGUUGCACGUCAUGGCGACCCCUUCAUCUGCACCACCCCACCUGCAAUUGCACUAGGAGAGUGCUCGUCCUUCACGACACGUGCACGGGUAUCACUGGCUCUGAGGUAGAGCGGCACUUGACAUUCAUACAAGAACGCUUCGGGGAGUCGACGUGUUCUGACCAGGCUACACUAAGGGGUCCACGUCAGCUUGUGAUCUCUGUCUCCAGCGACGAGAUGACCCAAAAAGAUCUGGACGCUCUCAGCUAUACCAUCACACAAGUUAAUCUCAGAAGAGUUGGAUGGCGGUGGGCGGUGUUGGGAGACCCACUAGUGUGGGUUUGGGCAGUACGAAGCUUGGACCUGGCCCUCCUACCCCGUGAAGCUCAUGCUGUCACACAGUUCCUCAACUCUGACAAAUGCUGGCACCUGAUGCGGGACCACCUAUCACACACCGACAGCCCUCUGGGAGCUGGCUUGGUAGGGGGAAAGAUCUCCUGGGACGCUGUGAAGUUAAGAGAGAUGCAACAACGUCUUCUACGGGAGGUUUCCAGUACUCACAACGAAAAACUCAUUUUGAAGGAGUUAUUACCAGUAUUGGAUGAUGACACCAUGACACAUGACAGCGUGGCAUGUCAUAAGACUCCCAGGGCCAUCCCAUUUCCCAGCAGGCGCCAACCUGGACACUGGGUUGGUAUGCCAUCUCCACAGCAGCUUAGGCACACUUCAAGCCCCAAUAUUAUAUAUAAAACUAAGCAGCAACUCCAUGAACGUUCUGUUCAGGGUCACACAUUUCAAAAAGAUUACUCUAGGCAGCUGAAUGAAAGUGGAAUCAAAUCAGGGAACGAGUUUGCACCUAGACAAGACGGUGCAGAACAAAUCUCCACUGCUACAGAUACCAAGGUGCAACCUCUUCAUGAUAGUCAAAAGGUCAACAAAUCAAUUUCCGAAACGGACAAGUAUUAUCAAAGAAGACAUGACCAAAGAACUAACUCGGCAAAGGAGGUAGAAAUAAAUUUGGAGAGUGGAAUUCCAGUGUGUCCAUCUUCCUGCAGACCUCCAUUACACCCAGACUGGAACUACUGCUGAAAAUUGCGAUCUCAUUCCAUUAGUAUUCAUCUGAAAGGAGCAAUUGCCAUUGUUCUACAUCACCAAUUAUUAUUAUAAUCAUACAUCACCAAUUGUUAUGCCCAAAAUAGGCAUAAAAAAUUCAGUAUCAAUUCCUAAUGAACAAAAUAAAGAUUUAUUUGAUA